AUGGGAAUUGACUUGGUAUGGUUUUUACCUAUUCAUCCGAUUGGUAUGACAAAUCGCAAAGGCACAUUUGGUUCACCUUAUUCAAUAGAUGAUUUCCGUGGUGUGAAUCCACAAUAUGGUACUAUGGAUGAUUUUCAUCGUUUAGUCUCAGAAAUUCAUCAAUUAGGAAUGCGAUUGAUGAUUGAUAUAGUCUUUCGACACACUAGUCAUGAUUGUACAUGGGUUAAAGAUCAUCCUGAAUGGUAUGCGAGAGAUGAGAAGGGUAAUCCUAUUGCAUUAGUACCUGAAUGGACUGAUAUUUUGGAUUUGAAAUUCGAAGGAAACGAAGAAACUUUGUGGCCGGAGCUGAUUGAUACUUUGAAAUUUUGGUGCGAAAAUGGUGUAGAUGGAUUUCGAACGGAUGUCGCUUGUUGUAUUCCAAUGGAAUUUUGGCAUCGAGCUAGACGUGCUGUAUCCGAAGUUAAUUCUCGUUGUAUUUGGUUGGCUGAAUCAGUUUGGUUUACUGCUAUUGAAGGAUAUCGUGCUAUAGAUGGAUUGGUCAAUACAGAUGCAGAACUAUAUCAAACAUACGACUUGUGUUAUGACUACGACGUCUAUGUAGCAUGGCGUGCUGCAGUACAAGGAGCCAUUCCAAUCAAAUCUUAUCUUGAACUUGUACGUCUUCAGUCAGUUAUUUAUCCAAAAGGUUUUGUGAAGAUGAGAUUUGUUGAAAAUCACGAUCAAGAUCGGGUUGCAUAUGUUUGUCGGAACAAUCGAUUCAAAGCACUUGCAUGGACAGCAUUCAAUGCUUUCAAUAAGGGAUGUUUCUUGGUACAUGCCGGUCAAGAAACCGAACAAACAAAAGUCUCAUCAUUGUUCGAAAAAGAUUGGGUCGAUUGUAGACAAGUACAUCCACUUGAAGAAUUUACACGUAAAUUGAUUCAAAUAAAAAAACAUCCAGUAAUCAAAGCGAAAGGCGCUAGAUUAACAUUGACUCAUCAUAGUCCAUGUAUUGUGGCGGUAUGGGAAGUAACAUCAGCUCGUGAAGGUCUCAUUGGUCUAUUCAAUGUCGCACAAGAAAGUAAUGAUGAACAAUUUGUUCAAAUUUCGAAUUUGCCUGCUGGAAAUUAUGAAAACUUGUUUGUUGAUUUGGGAGUAAACGAACUUCUCAAAGAUGAAUCUCGCAUAAUAUCAGUGAAUAAUAAUGGCAAGUUACGUGUUCCCAUAGUAGCUACUAUUUUUCAUUAUACCGGUAUUCUUCUUCGUCCUCAAACAUUCUACAGUGAGAUAUUCGAUUUUGAUUACAGAAACACAUAA